GCAUUUUCACUCAGCAAAGAAUUUUUCUAUGCGACAGUGGGUAACAGCGUUUCGCUUAAAAAACCGAAGUUGUCAGAUCGGGGUAAUCUUUAAAAAUUCAAAAUGGAACAAACGAGUCUAGAAUCUGUACUGUACCGGCCCUUAAUCACGCUCAAGGUCGUCGAGAUCCAGAAUAUUAUCCGAAGAAUGAACCAAGCUAUCCCUGGUGUAAAAACGAACGUCACUGGAACGAAAGCUCUGCUUGUUGAUCGAAUUGUUCAGAGAUUUAAUUCCUUCGCCCGCCUAAAUCGAACCGAUCGCUUGCACUUAAUGAUCAGUGCAAUGAACGAUGCCCAAGACAAGUAUAAGUGGGAUACUCAAGAUGGAAAACUUGUUCUUCUGUAUCGAAUAACACAGGUAUCUACAUCAGCGGUGAUACAACAGCAACAACAUAUAGAAUCUUGUCAAGCUGGGGAUUCUCAGCAAUUGAACAACGACAAUAUCAACAGUCAAACAGUGAGAGCAGCGUUCAAGUAUGGACCUUAUUUUGAAGUUGUCGAUGAACUCACACUCCCUGUACUUUGUGAAUGUUCCGUCGUAUAUAUGAGAUACAGCCGAGUGCUUACAUUUACAUUGACAACUCUCCAGCAGCAAUUGAUCCAAGCUGGAACACACGAAGUUAGAUUAUUCUGUUCCAAGUAUGGUGGUCAGCAAAAUCCUGGUGUAUUAGAGUUUCCGGAAAUUUGUGAUAUCAAAGUGAACAAGACGUGCGUUCUGUCGGGUCAGCAACUGCGCGGAAUUAAAAAAACUCCAGGAACAAUCCACCCACCUGACAUUACAAAUUUCAUUCAGCUGUCGACCGAUAAUGUCGUUGAAAUACAUUACGCAAGCAAUAAUUCUGACUUUGUCGCUUGUGUUCGCUUUGUUCAACGCCACUCGGUCGAGUCUCUUGUGGAGAAGUUGGUGCUUACACAAUUCCUUCCAAAAGAAGACGUGCUUCAGAAAUUUGCCAAAAAUCAGGAAGAAGCUGAUGUUUUCAUUGAGUUCCAAACGCUUUCGAUGAAAUGUCCACUUGCGUUUUCUCGAAUACAGACGCCAAUUCGAGCCUCAUCAUGUUCACACGCACAAUGUUUCGAUGCAUACACAUUUCUGAAGAUGAAUGAGCAGACGCCAACUUGGUCAUGUCCUUCUUGUUCUCGGCCGAUUGCAUCUUUUGAUGAUCUUUUCGUGGACGGCUAUUUUAAGGAUAUACUGGAUACUGUCGGUCGCAAUGCAGACACGGUCCGAAUUGGGGCAAAUGGCGAACUGCAGCAGAUCAAGGAGGAGCCAGAUUUGUCAGACGGCAGUUCUACUCCGGGCUCGAGCUCUUUCGUCACAAAUAAUCGAUCAUCCAGUAUAGCUGCUGAUACAGCACUUGCUAUCCUUAACGAAGGCGACAAUAACGAUAUAGGCAGGCAUGCUUUCGAAAUGUCGGCAUCUGUUCUUCCUCCUUCUCAAAAGCCGAAUACUAACGUCAUUGAUUUAACAUCAAGUGACGACGAAUUAGAACCAGAAGAUUUAGUGCCACAACAACAACCAUAAGCAAUAGUUACCUCUUUGGUUACCACUAAUACUUAUACUACUGUUACUACAACUACACUAUACCUUUUCCCCGUAUUUUCGGGUUGCUUGUAUCCCAAUACUCUGUAUAAAAAUCCCAAAUAUGUAAAUAGCUCGCUACACUUACGAAACUAACAAACAAACGUUCUCUUUUUUUUACGCGGACCAUUUUUUCGUUUGCAAAUCAACGCACAUUUUCUAACACACUGUUGCUGGUGCUAUU